AUGUGUGAUAUAAAUGUCUUAUCUAGUGGGUAUGACGAGUAUGAAGGUGGGUAUAAUCCAUACAUAGAGAUCAUUGAACAGCCCAGGCAAAGGGGGUUGCGGUUUAGAUAUGAAUGUGAAGGAAGAUCAGCAGGCAGCAUUCCAGGGGAGCACAGCACAGAGAACAACCGAACAUACCCUUCUAUCCAGAUUGCGAACUAUUAUGGAAAAGGAAAAGUAAGAAUCACAUUAGUAACAAAAAAUGAUCCAUAUAAACCACAUCCUCAUGACUUGGUAGGAAAAGACUGCAGAGAUGGUUAUUAUGAAGCAGAAUUUGGACAGGAGCGCAGACCUUUGUUUUUUCAAAAUUUGGGUAUUCGAUGUGUAAAGAAAAAAGAAGUUAAAGAAGCUAUUAUUUCAAGAAUAAAGGCAGGAAUUAAUCCUUUCAAUGUUCCUGAACCACAGCUGCUUGAUAUUGAAGAUUGUGAUCUCAAAGUGGUGAGAUUAUGUUUUCAAGUUUUCCUCCCUGAUGAACGUGGUAAUUUGACAACUGCUCUACCUCCCAUUGUCUCUAACCCAAUUUAUGACAAUCGUGCUCCUAAUACUGCAGAAUUAAGGAUUUGUCGUGUAAAUAAGAACUGUGGAAGUGUCAGAGGAGGAGAUGAAAUAUUUCUACUCUGUGACAGAGUUCAGAAAGAUGACAUAGAAGUUCGGUUUGUGUUGAACAACUGGGAAGCAAAAGGUAUCUUUUCACAAGCUGACGUGCAUCGGCAAGUGGCAAUUGUUUUCAAGACUCCACCUUAUUGUAAACCAAUAAUGGAACCUGUAACUGUUAAGAUGCAGUUGCGGAGGCCUUCGGACCAGGAAGUUAGUGAAUCUAUGGAUUUUAGGUACCUGCCUGAUGAGAAAGAUGCUUAUGGCAAUAAAGCAAAGAAACAAAAAACAACUUUACUUUUCCAGAAAAUGUGGCAGGAUUGUGCAAAUUUUCCUGAAAGACCUCAACUUUGUCCCCCAGGAUCAUCUGGAGAAGGAAAGUUAAUCAAAAAAGAAUCAAAUUUGUUUUCUUCUGCUCCAGCAUUGAGAGAAAUACCUAGACCUUCAGAAAUUUCAAGCCAAUCCGAAUCCUACUAUUCCUCGCCAGUGUCCAUCUCGGGUGUGUCCUCAGUGGUUCCUCAGCCUCCUUCAAGCUGGUCCUCGGCAGCUCACCCCACCGCACACUUGGGAAAUACAAAUCCACCAAGCAGUUUUUCAGCAGGGACACAUUGCUCAAAUUCUUCGAGUAUAUCAUCAUACCUGGAAAACCCUGUGAGGAGGGAUCUGCCUACUACUAAUGCUUGCAUUUUUAAUAAUAUUGAUGAUAUGAGCAGAAUGGAAUCACCAUCCAUGUCAACAGCUGACUUAUAUGGUAUCCCUAAUGCCAGCAUGCUGUCUAACUGCCCUGUGAAUAUGAUGCCGCCCAGUAAUGAUAUUAUGAGGGAAACUGAUAAUUCAAGACUUCUGAGCUUGAAUCUUGAAAACCCCCCGUGUAAUUCCGUGUUAGACCCAAGAGACUUCAGACAGCUCCAUCAGAUGUCCUCUUCUAGUACAUCUGCGGGCACCAGUUCUAGUACUACUGCUUUUGCUUCACAAUCAGCUGCAUUUGAGGGAUCUGACUUCAGUUGUACAAAUAACAGCAUGCUCAAUGAGUCAGGACCAUCAAACAUCACUAAUGCAAGCAAUCAUAGUUUUGUUCAAAAUAGUCAGUAUGGAGACAUUGGUUCUCUGCAGAAUGAGCAACUGAGUGACUCAUUUGCAUUUGGAUUCUUUUCAAGUUAA